AUGGUGGCCGCUUGGAGGCAAAGAGUUCAUGUGGCUCAGGGAUUUCCGAAAUCAAAUACCGAUACCGCACCCACAGCAGUCUUCUUGUCUUUGUUCUUCCUCUCAGCACUCAGCCAUGCCUUUAUAUUCAUCAGAAACAAGAAGCGGGGCCAUCUCUUCGUCUUCAACGGCCUUUGCAUCGGCUUCUGUAUGGCAAGAGUGGUCACUUGCUGCCUCCGGCUCGGGUGGAUUUACGAUAUCGAGAACAGAGGUUUAGGCAUAUCCGCUACCAUCUUCGUCGCUGCUGGUGUGCUGUUGCUGUUCAUUGUCAACCUAGUGUUCGCGCAGAGGAUACUUCGAGGCCUCCAUCCGAAUGUCGGCUGGCAGAAAGCGCUAUCAAGGUGCUUCCUUGUCCUCUAUCUUCUCAUUCCUGCGCUGCUUGCAAUGGUCGUCACCGCAACGACACAACUGUUCUUCACGACCAAUCGAAACAUCGUCAGAAUAGAUAUCAACAUUCAGAGAGCAGCUUCCUCGUACUUCCUAUUUGUAUCUCUUCUCCCAGUUCCAAUCACAGCUUUCGCCUUGCUCUACCCUCAAAGGUCCGAACCAGAUCACUUCGGCAAAGGCGCUUUCUGGCUCAAGUCAGCCGUGGUCCUCAGUGCAAGCUUGAUCCUAUCUCUGGGCGCGGCAUUUAGGACUGCUACUGCAUCUUACGAUUGGAAACCAGAGUAUAACACGAACCCACCAUGGUACAAUGCUAAAUGGUGCUUCUACUUCUUCAACUUCACCCUCGAACUCAUCGUCGUUCUCAUGUAUCUGGUCCUUCGCAUCGACCUCCUCUUCCAUAUACCAAACGGAAGCAAAUGUCCUGGUAGUUACUCAAGAUACAGCAAAGAAAGCACAGGCAACGAGGACGUUGAGACUAGAGGUCUGCAGCGAAGAUCAACAGACAUCAUGUCACAAGACUCGAGAGUACCUGGAAGUCCUGUCAACGUGUCUGCGGCCGAGAAGGAAAGUCCUUGA